AUGACGACCUCACCCCACCCGGCACUUCUCCAUCUUCUAUCCCUCGCUCUCCUUCUCCAAUGUGUUCUUGGAGGAGACUCUUAUCUCUAUCAAAUCUGCUCGAAUUCCGAGAACUACACUUCUAAUAGUAUCUACAAUACCAACUUGAACAAGGUGAUGGCCUCUCUCUUCCGUCGUGUUCCUCCCACAGGCUUCGGACUUGUCUCAGUUGGUCAAAACCAUCACCGCGUGUAUGGACUUGCUCUAUGUCGAGGUGAUGUCUCAAGCAAAGAUUGUAAGAUCUGUAUUGCCAAUGCAAAGACAGAAAUUCGCAAAGGCUGUCCUAAUCACAAAGAAGCCAUCAUUUGGUACGAUUAUUGUCUUUUGAAAUACUCCAAUUAUGAUUUCUUUGGCAAGAUUGACUCUCCCAAAUUCAUUAUGGUGAACUCACAGAACGUAAGUGAUCCUGCCCCAUUCAAUAAGAAAACCAAAGAAUUGUUAAACAAGGCAGCGCAUGAGGCUUAUCUCAGUUCAAAGAAGUAUGCUAGUGGAGAGCUAGUGUUUAGUCGUUCAGAGAAGCUCUAUGGUUUGGCUCAGUGCACUAGGGAUCUCUCUACUGCUUACUGCAAGGAGUGCCUGAAUGUUGCAUUAAGUUACCUUCCAACCUGUUGUGAUGGUAUACAAGGAGGAAGAGUUGUUGGUGGUAGCUGUAAUAUAAGAUACGAGCUUUACCCUUUUCUAAAUUUUUAGAAUAUUAAGAUCAUG